UCACGUCACAAAUAGUACGAUUAGUAUUAUGUAUUCGAACACACCUCAGUAAAAUUAUACGAAAUGUUUUUGAUUUAGCUAGCUAUGUCUUUGCACCUUUAGAAUAGUUACCGUAAUAACACAGACAACAAUUAUGGUAUUAUGGACAAUUACGUCGGUAUGAAGGGGCAAUGGUAGAAUACCGUUGUUGUGAGCCAGCCUGGGUCAAUGGACGAGAGGACUUGAACUAAGACAGUACAAUAUGGUUUAGAAACUCUGCUUGAAAUGUGUGGCUAACAGACCUCUGAGUUAAUUAGCUACUCAGGGCAGCUAACGUUAGAUAGCUUGCACUACAACCCACACUUCAAGAAUUACGGCUCAAGUUAAACUUUUGUAUAACCUAGCUAGCUUCUUCCGGUGCCACCAGACCAGAGUGACCCUGCUGUCCUCAACAUGGUGUCGUCCAGGCUGAAGUACCUGUCUCUGUGGGUGCUGGUGUUCCAGACCACCUUCCUGGUGCUGGCCAUGCGCUACUCCCGCACACUACAGGGGGAUGGCCCCCGCUACCUGGCCUCCUCUGCUGUGGUGGUGGCUGAGCUCAUGAAGAUCAUCACCUGUGUGCUGCUCAUAUUCAAGGAGCACAGCUACAAUGUUCGGGCUCUGAACAGUAUUCUGAGGCAAGAGAUCACUCACAAGCCGAAAGAGACCCUGAAGCUGGCCAUUCCUUCUGGGAUCUACACCCUACAGAACAACCUGCUCUAUGUGGCUCUGUCCAACCUGGACGCUGCCACCUACCAGGUGACGUACCAGCUGAAGAUCCUCACCACAGCCCUGUUCUCAGUGUCCAUGCUGGGCCGGAGGCUGGGUGUGUACCAGUGGCUCUCCCUGCUCAUCCUCAUGGCUGGGGUCGCACUUGUGCAGUGGCCCUCCGAAUCCCUCGGGGCCCCUGAGAAGGAGCAGAUGUCUGAUGGGUCCCAGUUUGUGGGCGUGGUGGCGGUGCUGGUGGCCUGCUGCUCCAGUGGCUUCGCUGGGGUUUAUUUUGAGAAGAUCCUCAAAGAGACCAAACAGAGCGUCUGGAUCCGCAACAUCCAACUGGGAAUGUUUGGCCUGGUGUUUGGUCUGAUGGGGAUGUUUGCAUACGAUGGGGAGAGAGUCCGAGAAUCUGGGAUGUUCAAGGGAUACAACACAAUCACCUGGACAGUGGUGGCUCUGCAGGCACUAGGAGGGCUGGUUAUAGCAGCUGUCAUCAAGUAUGCAGACAACAUCCUGAAGGGCUUUGCCACGUCACUCUCCAUCAUCCUGUCAACACUCAUAUCCUACUUCUGGCUUGAGGACUUUGAACCCACAAGUGUGUUCUUCCUUGGUGCAGUACUUGUCAUCGUGGCCACCUUCCUGUAUGGCUACGAGGAUAAGCCAUCCCCCAACCCCAGCCGUGCCUAGAGGACAUCACCGAGGACCGAAGGGGAUGUCAGGGAAGAGAAAAGAAGAGGAGAAGAAAACAGUGGAGCAGAAGAGAGAAAAGAGGAGCAAAGGACACUAGCCUAGAGGCAUUGUUGACAUGGGCCUCAGACACUGUGGCUGUGUUUUCACAGGCAGCCCAAUUCUGAUAUUUUUUCCACUAAUUGGUCUUUUGACCAAUCACAUCAGAUCUUUUUCAGAGCUGAUCUGAUUGGUCAAAAGACCAAUUAGUGAAAAAAAUAUCAGAAUUGGGCUGCCUGUGAAAACGUGGCUAUAUGUAAACGCCGGUACGAUGCCUGUGUAAACGCAGCCCAAUAAGUUCCUCGACUAAAAAAGUGUGAUCAGGAAGUUGCCACCACAGAGAAAUAGACCCAUGAGUCAUGACCAAGCUCAGCAGUGUACUGGACACACCUGCCAGGCAGGUUAUUGCACUGGGUCAAAACUGGUUGGGUAGGGUCCCCUGUCUUUAUAUUAUUGUCAUCAUCUUAAUAAUGAAGAUGAUGGAUAAAACAAAGACACAGGCAGGGAAGUUUUCUGACUUGUGCAUUUCCCUGAAGGCCAUAAUGUUCACUCAUGACUUGUGACAAUAGUCCGGAUGUUUUGGACUCCACAGACAUACUGAUGAACUAUGUUACUGCUUCACUGCUGUAGACCUCUGUACUUUUCCACGCAUUGGUGUAAUGUGAUUUGUGUGUUAUUUGGGGAAGUGGGGAAGGUUGACUUUAUUACUGUAUUUACCAAUCAUUAGGAACACAAAGUCCAUAAAGGAAAUGUUUCCUACGUCAAA